GACGUCAGAUGCGCGCGUGGCUCCGGCUGCGCAGGAACAGCUGGUGCCUCGGGAGGCGACGAGUGAGCGGGCGAGCGGGCGGGCGGGCGGGCGUGGGGUGCUGGUGGCCGGCUGGGCCACGCUGCGGGAGCCGCCGCCGCCACCGCCGCCGCCUUGCACCAUUGCACCAUGUCCGGGCAGCUGGAGCGUUGCGAGCGCGAGUGGCAUGAGCUGGAGGGAGAAUUUCAGGAGCUGCAGGAGACACACAGGAUCUACAAGCAGAAGCUGGAGGAGCUGACCGCGCUCCAGACGCUCUGCAGCGCCUCCAUCAGCAAGCAGAAGCGGCACCUCAAGGACCUGAAGCGUGCACUCCAGAGGUACAAGCGCCAUUCCAGUCAAGAGGAGGCGGAGCUCAUUCAGCAGAUAGGCGCCAACAUCAAGGAGCGGCAGAAUGUCUUCUUCGACAUGGAGGCCUACCUGCCGAAGAAGAAUGGGCUCUACUUGAAUCUGGUUCUUGGCAAUGUGAAUGUGACUCUCCUCAGCAACCAGGCCAAGUUUGCGUACAAGGACGAGUAUGAGAAGUUUAAGCUCUACCUGACCAUAAUCCUGCUUCUGGGAGCUGUGGCAUGUCGCUUCUUCCUUCACUACAGGGUGACAGAUGAAGUCUUCAACUUCCUGCUGGUGUGGUACUACUGCACCUUGACCAUUCGGGAGAGCAUUCUCAUCAGCAAUGGCUCCAGGAUCAAAGGCUGGUGGGUGUCCCACCAUUACGUCUCCACGUUCCUGUCUGGAGUGAUGCUGACGUGGCCUAAUGGACUCAUUUAUCAGAAGUUUCGAAAUCAGUUUUUAGCCUUCUCCAUUUUUCAGAGCUGUGUUCAGUUCCUACAGUACUAUUACCAGAGGGGCUGCCUCUACAGAUUGCGGGCCCUGGGGGAGAGGAACCACCUGGACCUCACGGUGGAAGGGUUCCAGUCUUGGAUGUGGCGGGGCCUCACCUUUCUCCUGCCUUUCCUUUUCUGUGGCCAUUUCUGGCAACUCUACAAUGCCGUCACGUUGUUUGAGCUCUCCAGCCAGGAGGAAUGCAAAGAAUGGCAGGUAUUUGUGCUGGCACUCACCUUCCUCAUCCUCUUCCUCGGCAAUUUCCUGACCACACUCAAAGUCGUGCACACCAAACUCCAGAAGAACAGAAGCAAGACAAAGCAGCCAUGAGCCUCCGGACUCGUGGGCCUGGGGUCUUGGGACUUGAGAAGGACUGCGGGAGAUUGCAGUCAGCAGCCCAGCUGCCCAGCCGCCGGGCACUGGCAGCCGUGGGCAGCAGCAUCUCAGGGGCCGGCAGCAGCACCCGGAGCAGGACCAAGGCCCUGGUCCCUGGCCAGACGUGAGGAAUGUGAAGGCCGCCCGCCCGCCAGCGCACACAGUAUUGCCCUGCCCCAGCGCCCUAUUUAUAACCUAUUUAACGCCGGGUCUCUCCCCCCACCUCCCUUCCCUGGAAUCUGCGGCCUUCCCUGCAGCUCUGGGUGAUGGCAGUGGCCACACCUGUGUCUGUCUUCCAGGGAGGGGCGAAAAGCCUCAGGGACCCCCCUUCCCGCUCCUUUCAUUUGAACCCCUCCCUGGGGUUUAGAUGUGCCUCACGGGGGUUGGCCUCAGCUGACCUGCUCCUUACUGUGGCCCAGGCACCCGGUGGAAUGAAACUUUCAGCAUCCUGUGGAGCCCCCCCCCUCCCCUGGGCCACCAUCUGUUGUAAGCGCCCCCCCAUACCCCCCACCCUCUGUGAUGAGGGAGUAUUUAAGUCCUCAGAGAACCUGCCUGUCUUGUCUCUUGCUUUGUGUCUCCUGAGUCGCCUGCCUGCUGGCCACUGGGGACAAGGGGCGCAACCUACUCGGGACCUAGAGUUCUCUUCCCCUCCGAGCAGGCGGCAGGGUUUUAAGGAUGGUCUCCACCAGAGGGCGCCCGGCCUCUGGGUUCUUUGCAAUCCAGUGGGCUCUUAAGGUUUUCUCACUAAUGCCCUUCCUUCACAAGCUUGCUGUGAGCCCUUAACCUGGUGUGACUGGAACUUAAGUCGUUAGGAGGUCAUUCAUCCCCUGCCUCUCCCCACCGCAGGCAGAGGGUCUUGUAUGUUUGGGAAGGGCUGUUGCGACCCCGUGAGAUCCAGGCAGCAGCCAGGGUGGAGGUGCAAACAGGUCCAGCUGAAUGUUCUGCCCCUUCCCACCCAUGGGCCUCAGCUGCCCGCUCAGACCCGACUUCACAGCUGGCGUCCUCGGACAUGCUUCAUUUGGUCCUCACAGGAGUUUUAAAUUCUUGAGUUCUGUGAUAAAAAACGAGAUCUCGCCUCUCCCACACUGAGAGUCCACCUAAGAAUCCAGAUUUCUGUUUACCUUACAAAAAUGGAAAGACCUGGCAACAUUCCCAAAGAGCAAGAUCAGGCACCUGCUCCUGUUUGCCUCAACCUGCCCCUCCCUCCAUCCCUGCCCUACCUCUGUCCUUGGUCUCCUGUCCUUGGGUCCCCUGGCCUGUCCUUCACAGGUACCCAGGACUGCCCCAGAUGAGGAGUCAGCAAACUUUUCCCAUUAAAGCCCAGAUGAUAGUAUUUUAGGCUUUGUGGGCUAGUCCUGUGGUAACUCCAGCCUACAGGUGUGGAGCAGAAACUGCCCUUGUCUAAUCGUGGCGGUUCAAUAAAACUUUAUUUACAAAAACA